AUAAACGAAAGUGAAAACAAAAUCAGGAUAAGUCCGAACAUAAAUUAAAAGAAAAAACUAUAGAUUCAAUAACAUUUACCGUGAAAGAAACAUCUUUCGAUCAAACCAAUUUAAAAUCAUUUAUUUGUAAAAUUUGUCUAAAAUCAUUUGAAAGUAAUAAUCGACUAAUAUGGCACAUGCGUCUGCAUGAUAAAAAUCGCAAACGUUUUGUGUGUCCCGUACAAAUAUGCGGUCGUAUAUAUGCCUCCAAACAAGCCUGUGAUCUACACUAUAAACAAUCACAUCUGGAUGAGGGAUUUGCUUGUCUCUUAUGUCACAAAAUCUUUUCGGCGAAGAAGCAAACUUUAGAAGUCCAUAUGCGUUAUCAUACAAAAGAGUUUCCGUAUCAGUGUCAUCUUUGUGAGCGAAAAUUUGCCCAAAAGGGUCACUUAACGCAACACAUUGAGGUUAAACAUCAGAAUAUAAGAUACAUUUGUACCGCACCCGAUUGUGGUAAAAUAUUUCAAAAUAGUGUUUCUCUGCGUAAUCAUGCCUAUACCCAUUCAUCGAUGCCGUUUAAGUGUAAUAGUUGUGACAAGGAGUAUCCUCAAAAGAAUAAGUUAAGAGCCCACCUUAUGAAUAAACACAAGUUAAACUAUAGUUUAAAAGAUUUAGAGUCCAUGCGCCAAUUUAAUAUUGUACGCACGCGUCAUGCUUAUGUUAAGGUGCAAACAGUAGCCGCUGAUGAAUCAUUGAACGAUGAUUCAGAUGAUACAUGAUAAUGUAUCCAAUAAAAGUGUUUUGUUAAGA